CCUUUGCGGGUAGGCUAGAGCAAGCAGCCGCAUCAGCAUAUCUUCUCUGACUGGGAAAAUUGAGGCGCUGUGAACAAGGGAUGGUCCCCAUGGCCACGGCGGCCCAUCUCAGCCGUCCAGUCUCCUGCGGAUUCAUCACCGCGAAAUCCCGGCAGUUGAUUCCCAAGCACAGUGUGUCCUGUUCCGCUUCCUACCAGCCGUCAGGCAAGUGGAAGAGGGACUACACAAGUGUGAUGAUAGUGCCGACUGGAGUGGGUGCUUCAAUCGGGGGAUACGCAGGGGAUGCCCUCCCCGUGGCUCGGGCACUCUCUUCUGUCGUAGAUUGCCUCAUCUCACACCCCAAUGUGCUGAAUGCGGCAAUGCUCUACUGGCCCAUGCCUAAUGCCUUAUAUGUUGAAGGUUAUGCUCUCGAUCGAUUUGCAGAAGGUUUAUGGGCCCUCCAACCUGUUCACCAGAACAAGGUUGGUUUGGUCCUUGACGCUGGAAUAGAAGAAGAGCUUCGGAUACGCCAUUUACAGGUUGCUGAUGCAGCAAGAGCUUCUCUUGGAUUGCCUGUAUCGGAAUAUAUUGUGACGGACACCCCACUGGAGGUUGAGAAAUGGAUUGACCCGAAGAGUGGCCAAUCAACGGGGAGGAUUAAGCAUCCUGGUUCCUUGUUAAGAGCUGUGGAAACUCUAGUUAGCAAAUCAAAGGUUGACGCUGUUGCUGUUAUGGGGCGCUUCCCCGAUGAUGAUGUUGGCGACAGUAAUGAUUAUCGAAAAGGGAUGGGAAUAGAUGAUAUAGCUGGAGUUGAGGCUAUCAUAAGCCAUUUGGUAGUAAAGGAAUUCCAAAUACCUUGUGCUCAUGCCCCAGCAUUAUCACCCCUACCCCUAAGCACGUCUCUCUGUCCAAAAUCAGCUGCAGAAGAGAUUGGAUUCACAUUUUUGCCUUGCGUGCUUGCGGGGCUAAGUAAUGCUCCACAGUACUUGGUCAACAAAGCCGCGGUUCCGGUAAAUGGGUGCAUAUGGGCCGAUGAUGUUGAUAGUAUAAUUCUUCCUAGAGAUGCCUGUGGAGGAGAUGGUGCUCUUGCUUUUGCGAGAAGAAGAAAAAGGCCACUUAUCAUUGUAGUGGAGGAGAAUGAGACUGUUCUCAAUGAUACUCCCGAUAAGCUCAGGAUCAAAGCGGUGACGGUUUCAAACUAUUGGGAAGCAAUUGGUGUAAUUGCCGCUCAUAAGGCUGGUGUGAACCCAAAUGCUCUUCGAAGAAACAGAGUCAAGAACAUUAAGCGAACCAUGGUUUUGCCUGCUAAUGGUCACACGGUUUCAGGAGUUGCGUGAUCAGAGAGACACGGAACUAAUACCCAUCAUGCGAAACACAAAAUUUUGGAAACGGAUGAAGAUUUUCGGUGUCAGUCGGUGUCAGUUCUACACCAACCAUGUGAUGGUACAUGAAACUGCUAGUCAGAGGUGUGUUUCUUUGAAAAUGACGCUGAUGUGAUUCUCUCGAGGUUGUUGCUGGUGGCCUUUCACGUCUCAUAUAUGAUUCCAAGGGUUGAUUAACUGACAGUCAGGGCUAUUUUAAAGCCUCAAUUGAAGCUGCCGCCACUCGAUUUUUUAGCUUAUACGGCGUACCUGUGAUUGUUUCAAUCUGCAACUUGUAAAUAUUUAAUGUUCGGGAUGUUUUGUACGUAGAAAAUGCCAAGAGAGAUACCAUGUUGCCUGUCGUAUAGCCGAGUUCUCUUUUGUGGCUGAAAAUAGGAGACUCGUGCCACUUCUUGGAAACUUUGGCUGUAUGCGCAAACUUCACGAACAGAUCUCAGACUUUAUGAGAUACACGGGUUCAUUGAGCGUUCAUGGUAUGUAUUGAUUCCCGAGGGGUCCGUUUUCUU